AUGAAGGAUAGAAGACUCUCAGCUCUCAGAUCAUACCAGUCCAGGCUUCAAGAUUCAGGGUCAAAAUUAGAAUGCAUAACAAAAGUAAACAAGAAAAUUCUAAAGUCCAAUAAAGUGUCUGAUGUUGCAAGUUACAAAUCAGAAUUAAAGGAUUUCAGAGACAUUCAUACAGAUGUUGAUGUGAAGAUUCCUUCCUUAAACAGCAAUACAGUCCAGGGGAGUGAACUCAGCAUAGAAUUAGGAGAAUACAAGGCUACAUUGAUACAGUCAUCCAUAUCUAGUCUGACAGAUGAAGUCUCAAUUUUAUCUAUGAGAAAAUUAUUGGGCAAAGCUAAAGUUAUUGCUACCAUUCCUUCUAGAAUUAAGCCUUUAGGUGCCGUUAUAUGUAUUGGAGCCAAUGAAGCUUGGACUCAAGGUAAAGUCAAUCUCAUUAGACGUAUUGACAUGCAUGGAUCUCUGAAGGAGAAGAUCACCACCGAAUGUAAACAGUAUCCGAAUGAUAUUGAAAUAACCAGGCAGGGAGAACUGAUAUACAGUGAUGCUAAAAGCAGAACAGUGAACAUAUUCAGACAGGGGAGAUUAGAGACACUGAUCACACUACCACUGGGAUGGCAUCCAUUGGGACUGUGCUGUACCAGAUCAGGGGACAUACUAGUUAGUAUGUACACUCCUGAUGGAAGUCAUUUUAAAAUAGUCCGGUAUCAGGGACAAACAGCAAUACAAGAAAUAGAUAAAUAUGACUGGGGACAAAAUGUAUUUAAAGGUGGGGUAGGAGGAGUUUUUGUGAAGGAGAAUAAUAAUGGUGAUAUCUGUGCCUGUGAUAGGGAUGCCAGUACGGUGAUAGUGAUAGACAAGACAGGAAGAGUCCGAUUCCGUUAUGAUGGUACACCAGCCAGGAGGAAUAAACCAUUCCAACCUAGAAGGAUUGCUACAGAUUCACUGAGACAGAUCAUUAUUGCUGAUUUUAGUAAUGACUGUCUUCAUAUCUUAGAUCAGAAUGGACAAUUUCUGAGAUGUAUUGACAAUUGUGAACUUCAGAGUCCUGUUGGACUGAGUGUGGACAGUGUGGGGAGAUUGUGGGUAGGGUCUUUUAAUUCAGGGGAAAUGAAAGUGAUUCAGUACAUUGAGUAA